AUGGGGUGCUGCCCGGGGGACUGCUUCAACUGCUGCUCCCAAGAUCAAGACUGCUGUGAGGAGUGUUGCUGCCAGCCCUCCUGCUGCGGCUGCUGCGGCUCGUGCUGCGGAGGGGGCUGCGGAGGGGGCUGCGGAGGGAGCUGCUGUGGGUCUUCCUGCUGUGGGGGGUCCGGCUGCGGAGGCUGCGGCGGCUGCGGCGGCUGCGGUGGCUGCGGUGGCUGUUGUGGCAGCUGUUGUGGCGGCUGUUGUGGCAGCUCGGGGGGUUGCUGCGGCCCUGUGUGCUGCCAGCCCUCACCCGUAUGCGACACGAAAUGA